AUGUCCUCCUUCCGCGCCCUCCGACCACUCGCCCGCCAAGCAGGCGCAGCACGUCAAGCUCUCCCCAGAGCAACAAACCCCAUCCAGCAGCACCAACGGCGCUUCCUCGACACCUCGAGCGCACCGACCCUCUACUCGGCGCACGCGCGGGUCAUCGGCGCGCGCACCGGCAAGGUGCACGGCGAGAACCUGGACGUGGAGCUGACGAUGGCCAAGGCGCUGGGCGGCGCGGGGGACCGGGGCAAGACGAACCCGGAGGAGCUGUUCGCGGCCGGGUACGGGGCGUGCUUCCAGUCGGCGAUGAACGCCGCGGCGGCGAGCAUGGGCGUCAAGAUGCCGACGCGCAUGGAGGACUCGGUCGUCGAGACGACGGUGCACCUGGUCGGCGACAUGAAGGCGCUGGACAUGGGCCUCAGGGUCAACAUGACCGUCAAGGUCAAGGGCCUGGGCCGCGAGGAGCUGGACAAGGUCGUCGCCAAGGCCAAGGAGGUGUGUCCUUACUCCAGGGCCACCCAGGGUAAUAUCGACACGAAUAUCAAGGUUGUGAAUUUCACGGAUGGGGAGAAUGAUAUCGAGGGGGACAACGCCAAGUCAUACGGGACGAGCACAUAUGGUUGA